AUGUCUGCGAGUCAGGAUUCUGGAUCCAGAGACAAUGGCCCCAACGGGAUGGAGCAAGGCGUCAUUGAGAGUAACUGGAACGAGAUUGUGGAUAGCUUCGAUGACAUGUCGAUGACAGAGUCCCUCCUCCGUGGUAUUUAUGCCUAUGGUUUUGAGAAGCCCUCUGCCAUCCAGCAGCGAGCUAUUCUUCCUUGUAUCAAGGGUUAUGAUGUGAUUGCUCAAGCCCAGUCUGGGACUGGGAAAACAGCUACAUUUGCCAUAUCAAUUCUGCAGCAGAUUGAAUUAGAUCUAAAGGCCACUCAGGCUUUGGUUCUGGCACCCACUCGUGAAUUGGCUCAGCAGAUACAAAAGGUGGUUAUGGCAUUAGGAAACUACACGGGUGCCUCUUGUCAUACCUGCAUUGGGGGCACCAACGUCCAUGCUGAGGUGCAGAAGCUGCAAAUAGCAGCUCCCCAUAUCAUCGUGGGCACCCCUGGACGGGUGUUUGACAUGCUUAACCGGAGAUACCUGUCCCCCAAAUACAUCAAGAUGUUUGUACUGGAUGAAGCAGAUGAAAUGUUAAGCCGUGGGUUCAAGGAUCAGAUCUAUGAUAUAUUCCAAAAGCUCAACAGUAACACACAGGUAGUUUUGUUGUCUGCUACAAUGCCUUCUGAUGUCCUUGAGGUGACCAAGAAAUUUAUGAGAGACCCUAUUCGGAUUCUUGUCAAGAAGGAAGAGUUGACCCUGGAGGGUAUCCGCCAAUUCUACAUCAAUGUGGAACGAGAGGAGUGGAAGCUUGACACACUGUGUGACUUGUAUGAGACGCUGACCAUCACCCAGGCAGUCAUCUUUAUCAACACCAGAAGGAAGGUGGACUGGCUCACUGAGAAGAUGCAUGCCCGAGAUUUCACUGUUUCUGCCAUGCAUGGAGAUAUGGACCAAAAGGAACGAGAUGUGAUCAUGAGGGAGUUCCCCUCUGGCUCUAGCAGAGUAUUAAUUACCACUGACCUGUUGGCCAGAGGCAUUGAUGUGCAGCAGGUCUCCUUAGUCAUCAACUACGACCUUCCCACCAACAGGGAAAACUAUAGCCACAGAAUCGGUCGAGGUGGUCGGUUUGGCCUUAAGCGUGUGGCUAUUAACAUGGUGACAGAAGAAGACAAGAGGACUCUUAGAGACAUUGAGACUUUCUACAACACCUCCAUUGAAGAGAUGCCCCUCAACGUUGCUGACCUCAUUUGA